CGCCCCCUCUACGCCAUGUCCCCCCCUGGCUCGGCCGCGGGAGAGAGCGCCGGCGGCGGCGGCGGCGGAGGUGGCGGCCCCGGGGUCCCGGAGGAGCCCACGGCAGCGGCGGACGAGGGCCCCGCCCGAGAGGAGCAACGUCCCAUCCAGCCCUCUUUCACCAAGUCCCUCUGCCGUGAGUCCCACUGGAAGUGCCUCCUGCUCUCGCUGCUCAUGUACGGCUGCCUGGGGGCAGUGGCCUGGUGCCAUGUCACCACAGUGACCCGCCUCACCUUCAGCAGCGCUUACCAGGGCAACAGCCUCAUGUACCAUGACAGCCCCUGCUCCAACGGCUAUGUCUACAUCCCUCUGGCCUUCCUGCUCAUGUUGUAUGCAGUGUACCUGGUGGAGUGUUGGCACUGCCAAGCCCGCCAUGAGCUGCAGCACCGCGUGGACGUGAGCAGCGUGCGGGAGCGUGUGGGCCGCAUGCAGCAGGCCACGCCCUGCAUCUGGUGGAAAGCCAUCAGUUACCACUAUGUACGACGCACCCGACAGGUCACCCGCUACCGCAACGGAGAUGCCUACACCACCACCCAGGUCUACCACGAGCGCGUCAACACCCACGUGGCCGAGGCCGAGUUCGACUACGCGCGCUGCGGCGUCCGGGACGUGUCCAAGGCGCUGGUGGGGCUGGAGGGCGCCCCGGCCACGCGGCUGCGCUUCACCAAGUGCUUCAGCUUCGCCAGCGUGGAGGCCGAGAACGCGUACCUGUGCCAGCGCGCGCGCUUCUUCGCCGAGAACGAGGGCCUGGACGACUACAUGGAGGCGCGCGAGGGCAUGCAUCUCAAAAACGUGGACUUCCGCGAGUUCAUGGUGGCCUUCCCGGACCCGACCAGGCCGCCGUGGUACGCCUGCUCGUCGGCCUUCUGGGCGGCGGCGCUGCUCACGCUGUCGUGGCCGCUGCGCGUGCUGGCCGAGUACCGCACGGCUUACGCGCACUACCACGUGGAGAAGCUCUUCGGCCUGGAGGGCCCGAGCUCGGCGAGCAGCGCCGCCGGCGGCCUGAGCCCCAGCGACGAGCUGCUGCCGCCGCUCACGCACCGCCUGCCGCGGGUCAACACGGUGGACAGCACGGAGCUCGAGUGGCACAUCCGCUCCAACCAGCAGCUGGUGCCCAGCUACUCGGAGGCGGUGCUCAUGGACCUGGCCGGGCUGAGCGCGCGCUGCGGCGGUGGCGGCGGCGGCGGGGCCGCGGGCGGCGGCUACGCGCCCACGUGUCGUUACGGCGGGGUGGGUGGUCCCGGUGCGGCGGGCGUGGCCCCGUACCGGCGCAGCUGCGAGCACUGCCAGCGCGCCGUCAGCAGCUCGUCCAUCUUCUCGCGCAGCGCGCUCAGCAUCUGCGCCAGCCCGCGGGCGGCUGCCGGGCCCGGCGGCGGCGGCGGCGGCGGCGCGGGUUGCGGUGGCAGCCGCUUCUCGCUCGGUCGCCUCUACGGUUCCCGGCGCAGCUGCCUGUGGCGCAGCCGGAGCGGCAGCGUCAACGAGGCGAGCUGUCCCACGGAGCAGACGAGGCUUUCGAGCCAGGCCAGCAUGCGCGACGACGACGACGACGACGACGAGGACGAAGAGGAGGCCGGGCCGCCGCCGCCCUACCACGACGCCCUCUACUUCCCGGUCCUCAUCGUCCAUCGCCAGGAGGGAUGUCUGGGCCACAGCCACCGACCGCUGCAUCGCCACGGCUCCUGCGUGGAGACCUCACUGUGACCUCCGGUCCCCCGGGGAGGGGCCUGCCCCGCACUGCGCUGGGCUCCCUGCUGCGUGUGUGCAAGCAACGGGAGACGGGAUGGUGGCUGAGGCUGGGCAGGGCACCCGGGAAGGGAGGAGGAGAUCGCCCAGACGGACACCGGUGGGGCUGAGACCCGCUUUUCCCUUGUGCACAGGUGGAGAGGGUGCUAGGGUGUCGUGUCAGCUGCUCACUGAGAACCCCAUUCACUGGGACCGAGCCUCACUCGAGUGUCUAGGGAAACACCAUCUCCUCUGUGCACGCUCCAAGAUGCCCUGCCCAGUCUUUUCACACGGUCUUCGGACUGUGAUUUGGCAACUGUAUUAUGUGGCCUGUCUUGGGCCCGCCCCCCCCCUCCAAGGAAGCCGCCAGGGCAGUGCCGUGGGCAGCUGCAAAGGCCGCCGGAAGGGCACCGGGGCUUUCCCUGGCUUCACCCCAACUGGGGCCACGGUGGAGGGGCGAUGGUUUGGAGGACAGCAGGGCCGGGCUUCCAAGCAGCUCCGGUGUUGGCUGGUCUCAUGCUGGCACCAGGAGGCAGCUCCUACACCGGUCCUCGCAGGGUGGAAGUGUUCCGUCUUUUUCUUGGCGCUGGCCCCGCCGCUCGGGGUUUUCUCUCCUGCCACUCCCUCGUCUGUUGUUUAUCUCGCCGCCGGCCGGGCUCCAGGGUCCCGUUCUGGAGGGACUGUUCGCCGCAAAGAUGACGUCACUCGGCUUGUGCUCGCUGGCUCGGAAGAGCUGUCGCCAGGGUGCUGGGGGAGGGGUGUGGAGCCCUGGAGGGCGUGCCUCGAUCCUUUCUGGAAGCUACCCAGUCUCCACCAGCAACCUCCACACCUAGGUUCUGGGCAGAUGCCCGGGGUUAGGGAGGAUGAGAGAUGAUCCCGGAGGCGUUCCUUAGAGCUGGCCAGGAUGAGUGGCGAGAGCAGGUGACCCUUGGCCGGGAGAGUUCGGGAAGCACUUGGGAGAAAGAGCCGGAGGCCGGUGGCAGGUGGAAUUAAAGGACCGUUGACCAUGGUGAUGUAGCAGGGCAGGUGUGCCUCCCCCAAGGCCCUUGGGAAGAAGUAGAGUAUGUCCCUCACACAUGCCUCUGUGCGACUGAAUGUGUCACAAGCCCCACCUGGAGCUAGGUAUUUGAUUCCAGUGGCAGGAGUUCUAGAAAUCUUGCUGGACCCCUCCAUCUUCCUCUACCCCGUGAGCUGAAGACCUGCUGGGUGUCCAGGGUCUUCAGAGGGGCCUCAUGCCAUGCCCCCUGGGCGCCAGCUCCCGGGGUCCCCUUUCCACAAAGCUGACACCAACUUUUUGUCCCCUGCACUCGUCCCCCCCCCCCCCACUGUGGACUUCAGUGUGCAUGUCUGUGUUCAGCCCCUAGCCUUCCCAGAGGCCCUGGCUAAAGUCCUCAUAGCCCACUUAGUGCCCAGGGACUGAGCUCACAUUCGUCCCCCGGCCCCGCGCUCCUGGGGUGCUUCUAGCUUUGCCUUCUGCCAUCAGCUCUCACCUUCCUGGCCUGCCAUCCCUCCCCCUCCCCUUCCUCUGGCCCUGCCAGGCCUGCACCUGCCCAUGGGUGUGGCGCCCACCUAUGCAACACCAUCUCUGGCUCCACUUCCCUCCUUCCCAGGGGGACACUGGAAGCCCAGAUUGUAGGGAUACCAUGGCCCCAGCACUCACUGGUGGUGUGGAGCUUUCUGAUCACGUAGAGAUGGCUUGGGGAAGGGACAGAGAGGGAGGGGUUUGGGCAGAGGGGAACCGCUGCCCACCAGGUCUUCCUGGGCAUCCGUGUCCACUGGCCUGCCAGCACUGAACUCGCCAGGACCCUGAGUCUGUGCUCCAUGGUGGCCAGAGCACCCUGUUUUCCCUGAAAUGGACAUCUGUGAGGUGCCAGUGCUGAGCUGUGGCCUCAGGCCCAGUUCUCGGUCAGCCGGUGUCUUGGUAGCCUGUUCUCCUUUGGGAACAGCUUGGCCACUUCAUGGCUCCAAGGAGGGAAGGACAUGACUCCCCUUCCAUCACACUGGGUCCGGAGACACAGCUUGGCCUCGGAUGAGGUGAGGGAGCCCCUGUUAUUUAUUUAUUUAUUUAUUUAUUUUUUUGCCUGUAUUGACCAUUUCUGCCUAGGUCUCACACAGACAGCCUCACCUCCCACACACGCACAGACUUAGAGAGCAAGCAAUUCUUUGGUCUCUUUUUCUCGGUAACUUUAUUGAUUGCCAGGGAAAACGAAAACCAGAAAAUUAAUUAAUCUCUAAAAUUAAACUUUACACUGAAUGUUCUUGUUUCUCUAAUUAGAACCUCUGCUAGCAGUUGUGGCUACACACACACACACACACACACACACACACUCACACCUACGCAUUUGCACUCCAGAACUGUCAGAGGGUGUCAGACACUGAAGACUCUUAAGUUGCCCGGACAGGCACACACAUACAGUCGCUCUCGGGCCCCCUUUGGUGCUCCGCUCAGCGCCCGCUUGUUGCGAGGAGUCCCACUCCCUUGCAGAGCAGACAUUCCUGGUCUGUGGUUGUAGACAGUGACCCUCCCUUUGGGGACAUGGUUAUGGUGUCUCUGAGCCACUUGGAAUGGUGCGGGGGAGGGGGGUGCAGGGAGCUCAGUCAGAUCCUCUCAUAGAUGCAUAAGCUGAUGUGAUUUCUGUGGGCAUAUCCCUAGGGUGGGCAGCCACAGAGUGCCAGGAACUCAUGGAGGGUAGUGGGGAGAUGCCACAGGUCCUGAGGAUAAGGGCUUCUGGGGUGUGCUGGGCCUGGCUGGGGAGAAGGCAGGUCUCUUGUCAAUUGGGUGCAUCACACUGUGGCCUUUUUGUCGUGGAUUUCCAAGCGCAAAGAUUGUACCCAUCAAACUGGUGGAUAAUAAAAGUUGCGGAUGACUCACUGA